ACUGCUGCCACUGCCACUGCCACUGUCACCCCGCCCGGGGACGGGGACAUCGCCGACACCCGCGGAGCGAGGGCUGGCACGGGAGCCGUGAGGUGCCCACAGCCCUGAGGCACCGGCAGCCCUGAGGCGCCCCACGCCUCCCGGGCCAAGCGAGCCUCUGCACGCCUCCACAGCGGCACGGACACCGCACGCACAAUCGUUUUCCGCCCUCAAUUCCUAAAAGCUCCAGGCGGCGCGUCCUAAAACAACAUAAACCUCUAGGACGCUGAUGAGGGUGCCCGGAGCGAGCGGCUGAGGGAAAUUGGAUGGCUGUGUGAGAACUGGCUGUUCAAGAGAGGCCGUGGCUGAGGAUUAAUACCAUGUCUAAAGAAAUGCAGGAACUACAGAAGCAUUGGCACUCCGUGAUGCAGACCAUCCACAGCAACGCAAAUGUUGUUGCRUUUAUGAAUUCUCGUGUUGGCCAGUAUUUAGAUGACCACCCUUUUGUUGCCUUAUCUCUCCUGAUGUUCGUUGCAGUGUCAGCUAUUCCCAUUGCAUUUUUCCUGGUUUUUGUUGUUAUGACAGCUGUAAUGGCCUGUAUUGGUGUGAUAGUCAUGGAAGGUGUUGUCAUAGCUGUAGGUGGCAUAGCCCUGCUCUGUGUGCUCUGUGGCCUGGGGGCACUUUCCCUGGGAGUUUCUGGAGUGCUGAGUGUUUCCUACAUCGCACUUUCAACUCUGGCCAACUACUGGUGUGCAUCAAGGGGGCAGAUAAAGAAGCAAGAUGUUAAUGGCAGUUUGCCACAGAAGAAGCCUGGCUUGGAUCUUUCUGCCAAGACUGGAAAGAGUGAAUAAGGAGGUUUCUCCCCAUUGCCUUCAUAGGCCCUUAGCUGUACAAUUCCAGCCUUGCUAUGUCAUUGUUUACUCAUUGAGCAUUCAACUGUUGUGUACUCCUGGAAACUGAGAAAAAUUGCAUUUUACAUGGGCACUGUAAAGGGAUGUUGAGAGUAACCAAAAAGCAGCGAUGCAUUGCAAUAGUACGGGUAUGUGCAUGAUAGAAUGUUCCAGAGUUUGGUAAAGGGAUGUAAUAACAAUUGCUACUGUUAAGUCAAUGGCAAGUGGGAGGACAGAAAGGGGAGGGAGGUAUUUCACUGCCUGUUAGUUACUGCAGUUCUGAAUGUACUCUCUUUAGUACACAGCAGUGGACAUUUUGAUACAGAAGUGUCAAUGUUCACAACACUAGAAACAUGUUUUCAAUGUGGAAAAAUAUUUGUAAGCCUUAACCUUUGUUGAGUAUGAGUAGACCAUGCCAAUGCUUUAUAUUUAUUAUAGUGGGAAAAGGGGGCUUGGCAUAGGUCAUGGUGUCAGCUUUUAUCUACCUUUAGAUGUUGUGUUAUUCCAAAGGGAUAUUUUCCUUAUGCUCAUUGCCUCAUCCUGUCAAAGGUAUGCUUGGGUCUUGCAUUUUUUCCUAUUUGUUUAGGUAUUUAAAGUGCUGGGUUUGCUGCUCAGUUAUAACUUUGUGUAUGAUAUUUAAACUUUUUUCAUUUUUGCAAAUGCUAUAUUUUUAUGCAUUAAGAAGGUAUCUAACUAUAUUMGUUUCAUAAAGUGGUGUUUGUUUAACCAGAUUGUCUUAUUA